GGGCAGGCGGGCAGGCGGGCGGCGCCGGGCCCCGGGCCGCCCUCACUCCCACGCCCCGGCCCCGCGGCUGGAGCCAGGGCGGCAGCCGGCAGGAAAGGCGCUGCGGUCUCCGGGCCUCGCGGCUCCGGUUGAGCUUCCUCAGCGCUGAGGGCUUGCGGGUCCAGAAGGGGAGGACUCGAGCCGGGAGCCGGGCGCUGAGCUCUUGGGCGCCCCCCAACCCAGUUUUCUGAACCCUCCACGCUGCGGCCGCUGUCCCCUCUGGACCAUGGCCGACGACGACGUGCUGUUCGAGGAUGUGUACGAGCUGUGCGAGGUGAUCGGCAAGGGUCCCUUCAGUGUUGUACGGCGAUGUAUCAACAGAGAAACUGGGCAACAAUUUGCUGUAAAAAUUGUUGAUGUAGCCAAGUUCACAUCAAGUCCAGGGUUAAGUACAGAAGAUCUAAAGCGUGAAGCCAGUAUCUGUCAUAUGCUGAAGCAUCCACACAUUGUAGAGUUAUUGGAGACAUAUAGCUCAGAUGGAAUGCUUUACAUGGUUUUUGAAUUUAUGGAUGGAGCAGAUCUGUGUUUUGAAAUCGUAAAGCGAGCAGAUGCUGGUUUUGUAUACAGUGAAGCUGUAGCCAGCCACUACAUGAGACAGAUACUGGAAGCUCUGCGCUACUGUCAUGAUAAUAACAUAAUCCACAGGGAUGUGAAGCCCCACUGUGUUCUCCUCGCUUCAAAAGAAAACUCGGCCCCUGUCAAGCUUGGGGGCUUUGGGGUAGCUAUUCAAUUAGGAGAAUCUGGACUUGUCGCUGGAGGACGCGUUGGAACACCACACUUUAUGGCCCCAGAAGUGGUCAAGAGAGAGCCUUACGGAAAGCCUGUCGAUGUCUGGGGCUGUGGUGUGAUCCUUUUCAUCCUGCUCAGCGGUUGUUUGCCUUUCUAUGGAACCAAGGAAAGAUUGUUUGAAGGCAUUAUUAAAGGAAAAUACAAGAUGAAUCCAAGGCAGUGGAGCCAUAUCUCUGAAAGUGCCAAAGACCUAGUACGCCGCAUGCUGAUGCUGGAUCCCGCUGAAAGGAUCACUGUUUAUGAAGCACUGAAUCACCCAUGGCUUAAGGAGCGGGACCGUUAUGCCUACAAAAUUCAUCUUCCAGAAACAGUAGAACAACUGAGGAAAUUCAACGCAAGGAGAAAACUAAAGGGUGCAGUACUAGCCGCUGUGUCAAGUCACAAAUUCAACUCCUUCUACGGGGACCCUCCUGAAGAGUUGCCAGAUUUCUCCGAAGACCCUACCUCCUCAGGACUUCUAGCAGCAGAAAGAGCCGUCUCUCAGGUGCUGGACAGCCUAGAAGAGAUUCACGCACUUACAGACUGCAGUGAAAAGGACCUAGAUUUUCUACACAGUGUUUUCCAGGAUCAGCAUCUUCACACACUGCUAGAUCUCUAUGACAAAAUUAACACAAAGUCUUCACCACAAAUCAGGAAUCCUCCAAGCGAUGCAGUACAGAGAGCCAAAGAGGUAUUGGAAGAAAUUUCAUGUUACCCUGAGAAUAAUGACGCAAAGGAACUAAAGCGUAUUUUAACACAACCUCAUUUCAUGGCCUUACUUCAGACUCAUGAUGUAGUGGCACAUGAAGUUUACAGUGAUGAAGCAUUAAGGGUCACACCUCCCCCAACCUCUCCUUAUUUAAAUGGUGAUUCUCCAGAAAGCGCUAACGGAGACAUGGAUAUGGAGAAUGUGACCAGAGUUCGGCUGGUACAGUUCCAAAAGAACACAGAUGAACCAAUGGGAAUCACUUUGAAAAUGAAUGAGCUAAAUCAUUGUAUUGUUGCAAGAAUCAUGCAUGGGGGUAUGAUUCACAGGCAAGGUACACUUCAUGUUGGUGAUGAAAUUCGAGAAAUCAAUGGCAUCAGUGUUGCUAACCAAACAGUGGAACAGUUACAAAAAAUGCUUAGGGAAAUGCGGGGGAGUAUCACCUUCAAGAUUGUGCCAAGCUACCGCACUCAGUCUUCAUCCUGUGAGAGAGAUUCCCCCUCCACUUCCAGACAGUCCCCUGCUAAUGGUCAUAGCAGCACUAACAAUUCUGUUUCGGACUUGCCAUCAACCACCCAACCAAAAGGACGACAGAUCUAUGUAAGAGCACAAUUUGAAUAUGAUCCAGCCAAGGAUGACCUCAUCCCCUGCAAAGAAGCUGGCAUCCGAUUCCGAGUUGGUGACAUCAUCCAGAUCAUUAGUAAGGAUGACCACAACUGGUGGCAGGGUAAACUGGAAAACUCAAAAAAUGGAACCGCGGGUCUCAUUCCUUCUCCUGAACUUCAGGAAUGGCGAGUAGCUUGCAUUGCCAUGGAGAAGACCAAACAAGAGCAGCAGGCCAGCUGUACAUGGUUUGGCAAGAAAAAGAAGCAGUACAAAGAUAAAUAUUUGGCAAAGCACAAUGCAGUGUUUGAUCAAUUAGACCUUGUCACAUAUGAAGAAGUAGUCAAACUGCCAGCAUUCAAAAGGAAAACAUUAGUCUUAUUAGGCGCACAUGGUGUUGGGAGAAGACACAUAAAAAACACCCUCAUCACAAAGCACCCGGACCGGUUUGCAUACCCCAUUCCACAUACAACCAGACCUCCAAAGAAAGAUGAAGAAAAUGGCAAGAAUUAUUACUUUGUAUCUCAUGACCAAAUGAUGCAAGACAUCUCAAAUAAUGAAUACUUGGAGUAUGGUAGCCAUGAGGAUGCAAUGUACGGAACAAAACUGGAGACCAUUCGGAAAAUCCAUGAGCAGGGGCUGAUUGCAAUACUGGACGUGGAGCCUCAGGCACUGAAGGUCCUGAGAACUGCUGAGUUUGCUCCAUUUGUUGUCUUCAUUGCGGCGCCAACUAUCACUCCAGGCUUAAACGAGGAUGAAUCCCUUCAGCGCCUCCAGAAGGAGUCUGACGUCUUGCAGAGAACCUAUGCACACUACUUCGAUCUCACAAUUAUCAACAACGAAAUUGAUGAGACAAUCAGACAUCUGGAGGAAGCUGUCGAGCUCGUGUGCACAGCCCCACAGUGGGUCCCAGUUUCCUGGGUCUAUUAGGCUUCUCUGUGGCUAUCUGAGUACAAAACUGGGAGCAGCCUCCUAUGUGGAAAAGCCUCUUUGUUAUCGACCUUGUGUCAGCAGGUCAUGGUCCCUAGAGACUACCUAGUUGUAGUGUGACCUACAUUUAUAAUUAUUGUCAUGUCCGAAUAGAUAGGAGGAGAAAAUCAAUUACACACUAAUUUAAAGAGACAGUAUCUUUUUUAAUCAGUUCUCCUAAACUUUAAUAAAAUGUAUCUUUAAAUGUAUGUAUUAUUCAAUCCUUUGGAAUGUUAUAUUUUUGGAAAUCAUAGCUUUUUAUUUCCAAGGCCCCUAAAAACUGCACAAAAUAGAUGCUGCUUUCUAUAAUCUAUUUUAAUAAUAAUAAACAAUGAUUCUGUUACCUUGACUGGGGGUGGAACACUACAUUCUUUUUAGAGUCUGAUUUUAUGGAUUGGAGUAUCUUUCUUUCCUUUAUUUAUUUGAAAUAAUUAGUCUAGUGAUUGCAAAACAGUCAUAAAUUUUUAAAGGCCUUUUUUCUCUCUCUUUUUUUAAGUCCUUUAUGUAACAUCCAGAUACUGUGAUACUGUCUCUUUGAAGCACCCUGUAAACCUUUUAGAGAUUUGAAGUUGGGUCUUGACUCUUAAUGCAUGUGGACAGUCGCGAGCAUUUAUGCUGUCGGUGUGUCUGUGUUGGACAAAACAAUCUGUAAUUACAGCAAAGUACAUUCCGUUCAUGGGGCACACCCAGGGGAAUAAGAAUAAAUUACUAUUAUGACUAAGUUGUAAACCUAUGCACAUCCCUUGCAUUUCGGGCAACUUUAUAAAACAGGAAAAAAAAAGGAAACUGAUUUUUAUUAAUAAUAAUCAUGUAGUGAAAUGUGUUUGUAAUUUUGUCUCAAUUUAAUUUGUUGUAAGGUGGGAGGGGGUAUUGCUGGUUUCGCCAUUUCAGAUCUGUGUUGUCUAAGAGUAUUAACGUUUUAAUUAAGCAAAGAAAUGCGGAUUUUUAAUCUGUAUGUAAUUGUUUUAAGCACCCAUUUAAAGAGAAUAUACUGUGCAAUGAAGAAACCAGUUUAGGCAUUUGCUGCAAACUGAAUUAUUCCAAAAGAAUAAUCUAUAACAUCCCUGUAAAUUCCUUUAAAAUGAUAACUAACAGGACAGUCUGACCAUUUUUUAAAAUAUACUUCAUUGUAUGUGUUCAAUAA